AAAAUUUGCUUUCACUUUCUCUUUACCGAUAACCCCUUUGAUCAAGGAAGGAAAAUUAGGGUACUUUCCUUUUACUGACUUCACAACUGCAUUUCCGAAAACGGGGUACAACCACCGAUUAAAAGCUGCGUUUUUAAGUUAGCUCUGCCCAAAUUAGGUACUCCCCCAGCAAGAUUGUUUAAGUCUGCGUCAUUUUCCUCCGUGGUUUCCUCAAUUCCGGCUCUUACAUGUUUUCACGGCUGUAAGGUAUAUGUGUUGAGAUCGUUCUUUAGUUCUCAGUAUGAUAGUCUCCAGCACUGUGCAGGCCGUGGAAUUUCCUGAUCACCUUCAACAGAUCAAUGAAAUACUGGAUUCCCUGAGCAGCUGUGAACGCAGGAGACUCUGCUACCUGUGCGAGAGGCUGGACGCAGACUGCAGUGUGGCUUCUGUGAAGGAGAUGUUGAAAUCUAAAAUGAUGUGCCAGGAAAACGCCCAUCUUUUUCUGGAAGAGCUCAUGUGGAGAUUGGGACGUUUUGAUAUCCUGAAGAGAGUGCUUAAAGUGAGCAGAGAAGAAGUAGAAAGGAGUCUGACAUACAGACAGCUUCUCCCAAGAUUCAGAGUGCUGAUGGUGAAUAUAAGUGAGGAUCUGGUCAUUGCUGAUGUGGAGGAUUUUAAAUUCUUGUUGAGCCACACAUUGUCCCGUGAGAGGAUUGAGAAUGCAAAGAAUUUCCUGGAUGUGAUAGUUGAACUCGAAAAGCUCGAUUUAGUUUCACCCGAAAGAGUCGACAUCGUGAAGGAUAAUUUGACUCAAAUUGGCAGGAUAGAUCUCGCCAAAAAAGUGGCCACUUACAAGAUGUCAGCUGGGCUACCUGAACCGAUUUCUCCUCAGCAAAACUAUAGAGCGUCUCCAGAAAGACAAAGACCGUAUUUCCGCACCGCACCCAGAGUAAACACACCUGUGUACAGAGAGCGGAGAUGUGAGGCUCAACUCGAUUGCUACAAAUUUAACACUAAUCCCAGAGGAGUUUGUGUGAUUAUUGACUGCGUGGGCAACGAUGGAGAGAUGUUGGAACAGACAUUUAAGGCUCUUCACUUCAGCGUGAUUCUCUUCAAGUGGCUGAGUGCUGAUGACACUCUUUCAACUCUCAGUGAAAGAAUCAGACGGCGGGAGAACCACAGCGGUGAUGCUUUCGUCUGCUGCAUCAUUAGCCGUGGUACAGCCGAUCAUCUCUUGGGUACAGACAUGUUUGGCAGAGGUCUACCUAUGGACACUGUCAGACGUCUGUUCACCGCUGAAGAGUGCCCCAUGCUGUCUGGUAAGCCCAAGCUCUUCUUCAUCCAGAGGUACAGCGCUCCAGAGUAUAUGCCCUGCCCCAGGACGGAGCACCGGGAUGAGGAUCUCGAGACAGAUGGCGGCGGUGGACACCCCAUGUGCCAUUCUAUCCCUACGGAUGCAGAUGUGUUCUGGAGUCACUGCUGGACAGACGAAUGUCAGCUGGAGCAAGGACAACAUCGCUCGGUUUACCUGAAGGCCCUGACAGACGCAUUAGAAAGAGCUCAAAGGAGGAAAACUCAUCUGGUUGAUGUUCAUACGCAGGUGAACGGGGCCGUCUUUGAACACAACAGAAGGCAUCCUGAUGAAAACUAUUACAUAGAUGUAAAACAUACUUUAAGGAAGCAUCUUUACUUGGAAUGAAGGAUUUAUCAUCAAAACCUUCAGUAAUGUUUGACACAUUCUAAUAGUGCAUGUCCAUUGAAAGAGAAGAACCAUAUUACUGUAUAAAUACUGACACCUACUGGUUGUGUUUACUCAUCAAAGAUGAAGGAAAAAAUGUUUAAUUGAUAAUUUUAUUGCAUAAUUUAAUUUAAUGUUUUUAAUUUAAUGUUCUUAUGAAAACUCUUUUUUUGUGUGUAUCUACAUAGCUGAAUGGUGUCUUCUCUUCACCACAGACAGCAGCCAACAUAAAUAGCAACAUGUGUCACUGAACGAUACACUGGCUCGUAGCAGAAACAAAUAUUGAAAUAUGUAAGAUUAAAAGAAAAAAAACAUUUUCAAGUAAAGCUCAAUGAAAACAACACACUGUACUCAUUUUAAUAUAUAUUUUUGCAUUAAUGCUUCUUGCCAUAUUAAGAGCAGCUAAAAUUGACUGAAUAAAUUUCAGAGCCGUACUUUUUUCUAUUAUUUUUUUAAACGUAUGUAAUAGCACAAAUAAUUUGCAAUGAGUAAACACUAUAUUUAGUUUGCACUAUCUACUAGAUAUAUAUUUUUCUGUCUGUUGUCACUCAGUGCUUUUAUUAAUACAUUUAAAUAUGUUUUUGUUUUGAUGUAUGCAUUUUCUACAGUUUUUUCCUUUAAAUUCUGAACUGUUUUUGUUUUUUCUUACCACAUAAAUAAACCCAGAAUUAUUAUUAUUAAUAAUUAUGAUUAAUGUUAAUCUAUGUUAGGUAUUAGCUAAAACAAUGUGAACAAUUAUUGGCAGAAUUAUAUUAACUUGAUACAAAACUGGCAAAUGUAAAUAAUAAAAUGUGAACUAAGACAAACUAGAAUUAAGGAAUACUGCAAAUAAUUACAAGAAUAAAUUGAGUUCUCUUUGUUACCAUACUUUGGAAGAGCAGCUUGCAUGUUAAAUGUUUGAAGUGACUUUUUUACUUUCCAUUUACACAUUUUUUUGUUUGAAACAUUCUAAUAAAGGUAUUAAACUCUUGGUAUCA